GCCGGCCCCAGCCGCGGCCCCGCGCACGCGCGCACACUUACAGCUCAGCCACGAUUGCUCAGGAGCGCGUCCACGCCCUAAUAGCAGGGCGCUUAACCAAUCACUGCAGCCGCGUGGGGCAUCACGGGAACUCCGGGGCUAUAAAAGACCUGGUUGCUAUUUUAUGCUCCUCGUCUCACUCAUCGUUUAAGUAAGCAGGGUGGGGCUAGGUGCGCGUGCGCGGUUUUAGUACUCCUCCCCAAACUGCCAACUCUUCGCGCAAGCGAAGUAGACUCGCCUUGCCUGGUUUACGCGUGCGCAUUAACGGGCCUGGCCCGGAAGACCAGACGCCUGCGCAGUGGGUGCUAUAGUGACAGUCCCGGGUGGGGCAUGGGCCAGUCAUGGCGGAGCCUUGGUCUGGGCAGUCCUUGCAGUCUCUGCCGACCUUGGUGCUGGGCACACUGGGCACCCUGGGCAGCGAGUUCCUGCGGGAGUGGGAGGCGCAGGACAUGCGCGUUACCCUCUUCAAGCUGCUGCUACUGUGGUUGGUGAUAAGUCUCCUGGGCAUCCAGCUGGCGUGGGGGUUCUACGGGAGCACGGUAACAGGGCUGUAUCACCGCCCAGAUUCCCACCCCAAGCCUGCUGCAGCUCUGGAUGUGUUCCUGCCCCCAGGUCUGGGCGGCCAGAACGGAUCCACACCUGAUGGCUCCACGCAUUUCACUUCGUGGGAAACAGCAAAUGAACCUCUCAAAACUCACAGAGAAUAAGGGAAGGCAGCAGAGGGAUCUCCAGGGACAUCACCGGGUCUGCUGGUUCCCACACUGGGUUCUGCUGCUGCCCAGACCUGAGACGACGGCAGGGAGGUCAGGGUUGGGGGCAGGGAAUACCCCAGUGCUUGCAGGCCUGGGCCUCCACCACCCUUGGCCUUGUCUCCAGCAGUCCCAGGCAUUGGACCAGUAAAGUUUGCCUCUACCCUGACCUGAGUGCCUUAAGGAGAGAAGGCAUGCUCCUCCUCUCAGGGGUCAGCUCAGGAGAAGCCUCUGGGUUGGGGAGACCAACUGUCCAUUUUCUUCCUUGGCUUUUUCCUGUCCCUCUUCUCAUCCGCCUGGGAUAUGACCCCAUAGAAACUUGUCCUGAGAGGAAACUUGAGGUUGACCAGCUCUGGGAUUUGUAAAGGAAGCCUGUUUUCCCCUAAGCUCUGGGUUUCUUGAAUGUUUGCUUCGUUGGCAGGAAGCCAGGGAAUUCUGGACUGGACAUGGCCUUAUACUUUGUGGUUACUUAGUUGGCCAUUCAAGAGUCAGGCGGGGGAGCUGGCACCAUCCAGACACAGAUGUACCCAACACCCUCCUCCCUGGUCCAUCCAAAGCUUUCCAGGUGUGAAUCAGGCUGUAGAAAUGGUCUUUUACUGAAUAUCAAUUCAUACUCCUCUCAAUUCUUAUGGGAAACUGGGUGCCUAAAAGAGGCUGAGCCCCAGGGAGUGACCUUCCACCCCCAACUGUUUUAAGUACCCAUGAGAUUGUACCCUGCCCCCUCACAGGGAGACACUAAGCAGUAAUGUGGAGUGGCCCUGCCCCACCAUGUCCUGCAGCUUCAUCGGUUCCCAUCUUGACCAGGAACCACAUAAGCUUCAUCCUAAGAGGCACAGGCUCAGCAACUCUCUACUAGCACCAUCUCAGCCCCCAAGAACUCUCAACAGGGAAGAGCCAUAGGCCGCCAUUUAGACAGUGGGCCAAGGGAGCUUCCAAAUGUGUGGAUGGCACAUGCCAGUUUCUGAAAACAGCAUAACCCUAGAAUUGUCUCCUUUCCUGAAGGCUGUAUUCCUGCUUCUGCUGGGCCACCCCCUGAAGGCUGUAUUCCUGCUUCUGCUGGGCCACCCCCUACCCCUGUCACUGCUUCUCUAGUAGAAGUCACAUUUGUAUCUGUCAGCCUUUGGAUGGGCCACCUUGACAGCAGAAGUGCACUGGAAGUAGGACUACACUGAACUGAUGUAUGUGUACCUAUUCCAGAGCUAUCUUCUGGCUGAUAGGAUGGCGAUUUUGCACCCCAGCCCUAUCCAUUGACACCACCACACAGAAUCAGGGUCUCACAUUUCACCCCAGGUUCAACUGAGGAUGUGGUUUAUUAAACAUGGAAGCGCA